AUGAGUUCGCCGUGGAAAGAAGAACAAGAAGCGACGCCUCGCAUCAGCACACCUUUAAGCCCCGAAGCGUUCGCCGAAGACCUUCGAUUAUUCAAUCGAUCGCCCCAUCCAUACCACAGAAGCCGGCGCCUCGGAUCAUGCACUCCCUCCGAACAAGGCGACCGUCUCCACCCGCUCUCCUCCUACUCCAGGUCCUCGCGAACAACCAGCGACAGCGGCACAGAGGCAGACGAUGAAAGCACCGGUAUCCUAAGGGGAUUACCUGCCCCACCGCUCCGCCCUCGAAAAGGCCUACGAUCUGGCGGAGUCGGUCCCACUGACCUCGAUGACUGGCUGCCGAGCUUGCAACCUUGGCCGUCAUUUGUGCGGCCUAUGUUGCGGACAUCGCGACGGAGCUCAGAGGAGGAACUCGAAGAAGAGGCCUUUGAGGAGAGACUGAGGUUCAGACGGCAGAGACGGGUGGAGGUCCUCCGUCGGUUGUUGGAGGCCGCGCUUCUGCUAUCUGUGGGUGGUGUGGUCUUGUAUCAAGACGGGGCGCGCUCUUUGGCUUGGGAAUGGCGAAAGGAGAUUGCUGCUCAUGGCCUCGUGGUCUUGGGUCUCUAUGCCGCCUAUCCGCUCGUCGUUCGUGCAUCACAGGGCCGAAGCUGGCGCAUAUGGCGCGUCUGGUCUACGAAACGGACAUACUUCUCAAUACCCUCGAGCUUCGAUCCAGCUCCCCUUCUCUAUCCGAUUCUUAUCCCCAUCUUUGUUUCGUUGUCGCUCUCCAACCAUCUCCCGCCACUUAUCAUGCCUAAUAUUGUCCUCAGCUUGUCCUCUUUACCAUCGCCUGUUAUACCGUUUCAGCACCGGACUAAUGAUUUAAAUGGUCUCCAUUGGAUGAUCUCUAUGAUUCCGAUUCUUGUUGCCGAGCAUUUCUCCUUGGACCAUACGGUGCCCAAGCCGCUGACGCUUCGCGGGCUCGACGCGGAAUCUCUAAUACUCCUUUUCCCUUUGCAUCAAGCGUUGAUACCCACUUUAGACUUUUUGUUGACGACCAGCAUUCUUCCCGCUGAGCUGCAGCUUUUGACAACUGCUUUGAUCAACUUGUACUUGUUUGCGGCCUCUCCCCAGAUGGAGAUACUCAAAGCCUUGUUAUGGCUUGGAGGCAUGUGUUUGUUUGCUUCUUGUCGACACAUACUGCGUUGGGAGGUUUCUUUAGCCAGAAUCCCUAGCUGGAAAUUCCGCCGUGCCCCGCAUGGCUCGAAAUCUCUCCGCAAAUUCUUGAACAUGGUGGACCAUCGAGUUUGUGAGAAGUUGAGUAGAACGGGACACGUUCCAUCGGACGGUGCUUCGUCGAGACAGUGA